AUGCCGAGACGAAUGAACAGAAUUCUGGAGAAAAUUGAUCUGGUGGAGCCGAGGGUGGUGGGCUCCCAACAAUUGCCUGCAAAAGCUCAUAAAAGCUGGGGCCACUUGGUUGAUCCUCGGAUUUUGGAAGAAACUACCAGACCUGUUUGCAAACAACAGCAAGAUAAGCUAAAAGAAAAACUAGCUGGAUAUCUUAUCAGUCGUGUUAAUCCUAAAUUCUUCUAUAAUGAACACUGUCAAGAAACAGCGAUCUUGCAACCAUAUGAAAAACUGGGAUGCUGCCAUUGCACACUGGAACUUUACAAUUAA